AUGACUAAUUCUUAAAUUGAAGCAUAUAGAAGAUAAGUUAAUUUAAAAUUCUUAAAAUGGUCAUUUUUCAACAAAGAUAAAAUUCAUGAGUCUGCAGACCGUAGAAUCAUCACUAGCUAGCUUGUUGAUUUAAAUUUUGGUCUCUUAGGAUGUGCUUGUGUUGGUCUCAUAUUCUUUAAAUUUCUUAAAAGAAUCGAAGCCCCUUUCUUAGAAAUGUAUCUAGAAGAUAAAGUACUUGGCUUGAAUAGUUUAAGAUUAAUAGCUAGUUCUGGUAUUAGCAUAUAUGGAUUAAACUAUAUAUAUAAACACAUUUUUGGAUAAAAAUAUUUAUAAGAUUUAUCAUUAGAGUAUAAAGAACAAUUUUUACCAAAUUAAAUUGUUGAUAGUAAAGUAGAAGGUAUUAUAUAGAAAUACUUCCCUUUAUAAAAAGAUCAAUAAACUACCUAAACUGUGGAACCACAACAAAAAUGA